AUGGUCAGGAAGACGAGUAUAAUUGUGCUCAGAGAAGUCUUUGCAAAGCCAGAAAAGCAUUUUAAGGCCAACUUGAAACAUUCAGACUUAAAUGCAUUUCGUCGCUUUUGGAAGGAGAACUGGCGCAGGAAAGCGCUGUACUUUUACUCUCAAGAACGGUCUCGUGAAUGUUCAGGGCGCUCCCUGGCCUUGGCUCUCUACCUUGAGGUGAACGAGCUGCUUCUGGUCGAGCGCCGUUUCCAGCGACGCCCAUAUGGGGCAGCAGGUUUCACUCGCGCCGCCGCGACGGCCAAGAUGGAUGAGCCUCCCGAGAAGGCGUAUGUACACCUGGAUGUGAAUAGACACACGAUCUCCAUUUACGAGAGCCGCAUAUCGAAGAAUGCUGGGAGAACGCUCCCCAUCAAUUCGCACCCUACGAAGACUGCAGUGACUGACAACUGGUUAUUAAGACUAGUUGAGGCUAUUGCGACCCGCCGCACUUCGUUCAUCCGGAGACUGCGAGGAGGGAGUGGGAGGGCGGCGCGGUCACUUUCCUGCGGUCGAUGGCCGGCGCAGCACGCGGUGCCCAAGGCGCGCGUGGCCCCCGCCCGCGCCCGCAAGAACCGCGCGCCGCACCCGGCGUCGCCGCCCCGCUUUGCUGCUCCCCUUUGCUGCCCUGCUUACCAACGCCAGCUCUACCUGCCGCAGCCCCCCACCGCAACCCGCCGGCCCCGUCCGCCUCCCGUCGUCCCACCCUUUCCCAGCGCGUCCCCUGCCCGGUCCCCGUACCCGCUCGCCGCUGCCACCACGCUACCGCUGCCACCGACCGCUCACCGCCUGCACCGCUCCGCUCCCCGUGCCACCCCGCGCCGCUGCACCCCGCCCCGCUGCCACCUCCGCCCUCCGCUUGCCACCUUCGAGAAAUGUAAAACUGGGCUCUCGUAG